UCCGGACGACUCUGCAACGGUCCGAGCCCGUGGUCUGAGCCCGCAUCCGUCUCACGCAGGCUCUGCCCCGCAGCGAGCAGAGACCAAGAAAGCCUCGCCGCCGUCGCCCCGUCCCCGACAACCACCUCUGAACAUCGCUCGCCGGCCGCCGGGGAACACCAGCGGAGUGCACGACCAGUACAACGACGCGCUGAUCUAGCGGGGGACAGCUCGACUCCCCACAACCAGCUAUCUCGCCCCUCCGACCGACGCCUCAACCUCGACUCCUCCUCGCGGCCCGCCGUCUUCCACCCAAGGUCGACGAGAUCUGCCUCCUCACCGUCAACACCACCACAGUCCACAGGUUUCAGCCUGGAAAUCAGGACGUAAACUGGCUGCCGUAGUUCUCAUUCACUCUUUUGAUUGGUGGCAGACGAGCGCUAGCUGUGUGUCCUAGAUGAAGCACAUAUUUAAGAUCAUCGCGGUGCUGGCAGCAAUCUCCGCCGUCUGGGUUGCGCUCCUUGAAACCUCGACAGUCCCUCGCAGUUUUACUUGGUUGCUUCCUAUCUACUUGGUAGUGGCGCUUGGAUGCUACGGCCUUUUCAUGGUUGGAUAUGGGCUCAUGUUCUUCCCAACCUGCCCUCAAGAAGCGGUGUUACUACAGCAGGAUAUUGUGGAGGCAAAGGAAUUCCUAUCAAAAAGAGGUGUUGAUGUGAGCUCUGAUUGAGGUCAAUACCAAUGAUUUAUGUUUCAUGACCAGUUUGAAGCUUCCUGGAUACCGUACAGAAAAAAUUAUGGCAUUUCACCAUGUCUAGAUAUUUGUUACUAACGCAGUUUUUGUGAGUGGCAUGUUACAAUUCUAGAUUUUGUUAGUUCAGUGGAUGGCCUGUCACGAUACUAGUUAUGUCAGGAAAACAGUGCGAGAACAACUAAUUAAUGGUUUGUUAGCAAGUCCAUCAGUGUUCAAGACAUGUCUGCUAUUUUACAAUCUGGUUUUCAUCA